GUACAGGAGAGGAGUGUACAGGAGGAGUAUGGUAUGACAGUGAUGGGUAUGUACAGGAGAGGAGUACGGAGGUAUGACAGUGAUGGGUAUGUACAGGAGAGAGGAGUACGGAGGUAUGACAGUGAUGGGUAUGUACAGGAGAGGAGUGUACGGAGGUAUGACAGUGAUGGGUAUGUACAGGAGAGGAGUACGGAGGGGGUAUGACAGUGAUGGGUAUGUACAGGAGAGGAGUACGGAGGUAUGACAGUGAUGGUAUGUACAGGAGAGGAGUACGGAGGUAUGACAGUGAUGGUAUGUACAGGAGAGGAGUACGGAGGUAUGACAGUGAUCGGUAUGUACAGGAGAGGAGUACGGAGGUAUGACAGUGAUCGGUAUGUACAGGAGAGGAGGAGUGGAGGUAUGACAGUGAUGGGUAUGUACAGGAGAGGAGUACGGAGGUAUGACAGUGAUGGGUAUGUACAGGAGAGGAGUACGGAGGUAUGACAGUGAUGGGUAUGUACAGGAGAGGAGUAUGACAGGAGGUAUAUGUACAGUGAGAGGGUAUGUACAGGAGAGGAGGAGGAGGAGUGACGGAGGUAUGACAGUGAUGGGUAUGUACAGGAGAGGAGUACGGAGGUAUGACAGUGAUGGGUAUGUACAGGAGAGGAGUACAGGAGGUAUGGUAUGGGUAUGUACAGGAGAGGAGUACGGAGGUAUGACAGUGAUGGGUAUGUACAGGAGUGGUGUCUCUCCUGUUAUUCUGUCUCGGACACAUCAGAGGAACAUGGUGGGAGAUCGGCCUGAAUGUCCUUCCUAGGAGGGAAUACCGGAGCCAUUCUGAGGCCCAUUUAAUGGCCGCAAUGAGGAGGAAACCA